GUCUAUAAUCAGUUCGUUCUGUCAUUGGCACAAGCUGACAGUCUGACAACGACGGAGACGGGAAAAAUUGUGCUAGAAUCGUGGACGGCAAUUUCGUAAAAUUACCACCAAAAAGUUGAUCUUUCUUUUAUCGUACAAGUCACGUCGGAAGCAUCGAAAGCACACGCAUCUUGUCUGCUUGCAAGAUUCAAGUACUGCACAUAUUCUGACCCUAUUUGCAUUGGUCGCAAGGGUAGAAAUAUACACGAACGAAACGCACUAAAAUAGAGCGCAAACAUAAAAUUCACGGUGGAAAAGUCGAUCACCACCCUGCGCUACCGCCGUGUGUCAGCCGCGUCGUCCGUACCACCAUUGCGACAUCGCCAUCUACGAAUCGGCUUCAGAUUUACGAACGUUCUCGUCAUUUUACUUCUGUCCCUUUGGCUUUUCUAUUGCGCUUUUGUGCCGCACAAGGCGAUCAUCAGCAGGUGGUGUUAUUCCAGUGCGAAAAGGGAUUUUUUUUUGCCAAGACGUAGAACCAUAUUCGUCACGUCACCGUGUUCCAUUAACAGCUGUGAAUAAGGUUUAAAAUCACAGAAAAAAGAUUGCCUUUUCUCUUUCAAUGCGCCACACAGGUGGUGGCACACAAUCUUCCCAAUUUUGAGUCUCUAUCGGGCAGUCGAAAAUCUUAGCAAAGGAAGAUCUGUGAUCAUAGCGUUCAUUCUUCCAUUGGCGUUAGCUGUUUUCUUCUCUGCCUCGGUGCCUACUUUGCUGUGUUCCUAGUGUCCUAGUGUUUAAGUUGACGACGUGUGUGUGUGCGCGUGUGUAUAUAUAUAUGUGCGUAAGUUUGUAUCUGGUUGCUACGAUAGUUGUACGGCGUUCAGUGUCUGUUUUCAACCUGUGAGAAUAUUAAAAACGGUCGUGGAAUCGGGCAGAACAUAACAUCGAAAGGAGGAAAUUCCAUCACGAAAUCCAACCUUCGCAUCUGAAGGAAAUCUGGAUUUAAUCGAAUUCCGUCCGUCCGUUCGAAAUUUUGACAGUCGUUUAUGAUGGCUCUCAAUAUUGCUGUCCCGAUGUCGGGUGUAGGCGAUCUCUUGGAAGGAUUCGGGUUGCUGUCGCCGAUUUCCCCUGUGAGCAUUGACUUUCGUAGCAGCAUGAAGAACCCGCUAUCGCCUGUUGGUAGUGAAUCCAGCGGCGUCAGCUCUUUGGAUUUGGAAGAUAUCAAGAAACAAAUGCCAACCUUACUGGACGAGAACGAAGAAGACGCAUCAUCCGGUGCGGGAAAAUCAUCUUCAAACUCAGCAUCGCUGUCCGCUGCAUCGACCAUGUCGACAACAUCUUCCAGAACGUGUUCUACCUCUUCCUCUUCUUCGUCUUCGACUUCAGACGACUACGCUAACCAGCUGGAAGACAAUGAACAAAAAUUGUCGGAAAAAUUGGCCGAAAAUUGUGCAACUCCAUCUUCAAACGAACUGCAUGAAUCCAGUGAAAAGGAAUCGGACGAGCCUACUACCACCACCAUCGAUGAAGCAUUACGAUCGCUUGAGCUUUUGAACUUGCCGAACGAACCCAGCGUACUGCCGUUAUUUUCUCCUAAGACUUCACCAGAACGUAACUUCAAUUUGCCGUGCCAAUCCAUUAUGUACAACAAUCGCGACAUUCUCGAUCUGGGCAGCAAUAUUCGCCCCCAGCCUAGUGGUCCCGGUGGUUUCGCAUUCCAGUUUGCCGAAUUACCGGUAACAAACAACAUUCAAUUCUUUCUUCAAAACCGUUCUCAGUACCAUCGUAUUGGACCUAAUGGUCAUGUACAGGAAUUUCGCAUGGAAACAUGCCCAUGUUGUGAUUUCCAAUACCCGGUUAAUACUGUUGGAGCAAACUCGACUGCUGCUCCGGCUAAUCAGACUUGUGGUACCUCGAACUUAUCCAACUUGAAUGCAAAUCAAAUCUACGGCAAUCUGCAACAGCAGCAACAGCAACAACAGCAGCAACAAUUGCGACUCCAGCAACAGCAGCUGCAAAUGCAGUAUGCCUAUCGUUUCAACAAUAACAACACCCAGAACAACAACGGAAACUCUGUGGGACGUGAUUACAAUAUGUACCAACAAGCCACUAGCGGAAUUGGAGGAAACGGUAAUGCAGGAGGGCUGCAAUCGUCACGAUUUAACAGUGGAGUUUACGGUUCAGGAAAUGUUUCCGGCGGAUCCUUGCCUAAUUCACAAAAUGGAAUUGCCGGUGGUUCAGCGGUAAACGGUGGUUUCUUUAACAACAAUGCGCUGGGCAAUAAUCUGCUGGGACGAGAUCAGUACAACCAUAUGGCACCGAUGGGAAUGCAGUAUAACACCGGUGCUAAUACUAAAGGAAUUUCUCAAACGAGCGGUAUAUCGUCACAAUCGUCGGGACUUCGCCAACAGCAGCAAUAUGAUAUGCUUCAGCAGCAAAAACAAUAUGUGAACAAUUAUGCGAUGGGUUCUGGAGCCACGAAUUCUGUUCCCAUGGCGGCAUCUGCUAACGCUGCUGUACGUCUUCAGCAACAACAGUCACAGCAGGGUUCGCAUUACUAUAAGAAAAGUUCAGCGAUGCGUUAUGGUGGAGGAGGACCUGCAGGAGUCAACAACAUGCCGCCUAGUGGACCAGCUGGUUCCAACUGGAAAACUCCAAUGACUAACAAUAACACGAUUCAGGACACCGCCACAAAGCUGUACAUGGAGUUAAACAAAAUGCAGCAACAAUCCCCAUACUACGUACCUUUCCAGUAAGGAAUACUUAAGGAUACAGGCACGCAGAAGCAAAAGACAGGGAAUCAUGUAAAGUAAACCUGAAGAUGAAAAACAAAAUGAAAUAAGCCUCAGCAAUAUGGACCAACAACGACACACAAACCAGAAUUGGAAGAAACAACAUACAGAGAAGAUCAGUACGAUAGCAGCAGCAACACAACAUCAUCAUCUCGCCAUCGUUACCAAAGUUGCCAAAGCAAAAACGAUUUUUUUACUAACUUUCUUUAUCUAGUUGUAAUGAUGUUACACGAAGGAACAGUAUCUUGUUUUACGUAUUCGAAAAGAAUUACCUAGAAGCGAUUUAUAAAUAUUGCUCAAAUUUCUAUGCUGCAUGUAUGAACAAGUUGCAAGAAUUUUCGAAGUUUUCCUGUUACUGCUAUACUUCGAACAAUGACAUUCUUUACAUAAUUUAUUAUAAGAAAUGAAUAACAGCUUUGCAGCUGCUCUUAAAGAUUGGAAAACAUUUGCCACGUUAUUCUUUGCAAAACAAAAAAAAAACAUCUUAAAAAUCUCGCAGUACCAACGCACUGCAGCGCAAACUGAAUCCUGCGAGAUACGAGUAUUUAUCGAACAACUAAAUCCAAGGCGCGAACCAUUUAUAAUGCAUCACCGUUGGUAGAGGAAACUGGUUCAGGCAUUAUGUGAAAUGGCUUGCAAAGUCAUUUUCUCCAACCAUUAUGACCAUAAUGCGUUAAACAAGAAAAAAACCCACCAGUUAAAUCGAUCUGUAGCAUAAUUUGCAAGGUAAUAACGCCGUCUUUUGGAGCAAAAACAACCGCAACAAAAGUUUUGAUAUUCGGAAAAGUUCACGGGGGACAGAACAAACAAACCAAAACAACAUUCUAGAGACAAACUUAGCUCCGAAACCGAACAGUCAAACAGGAAGCAAGAGCGAGAACACGAUCUGCCACAUUUUUCUAAAUCAUUACUUCGUUUACAUUACAUCUUUAUUCGGAUAUAAUACCGUUGAAACGUUUCUACGUUUCGUGUGUGUACACAUAAGUUCUUCAACAGCGUUACACCAAUACACGAACUCUUCGUCACCCCCUAUCCACGUCUUAGUGGCAUCAUUGUACAUUCGCCUUCAAAAAUGCGGAGGAUUCAGAGGAAAAAGCAUACGAAGCCUGUUUGUCGGAGCGAAAACAAAAACAGUCCAAGCAGUUAGUUGUAUAUUUGAUAGAAAUGAAACAAAAUCUUCCCCGAGUGAAAAGAUACGGAUAUCAAUUCGAUGUUUAGGUUAGAUAUACGAAUAACAAAAAAAAAAACACCGCUACGAAAUCACAGAGUGAUUCCCCCGAUAAAAGUAUUGGCGAUAUUACACCAUGAUAAAUGUGAGUAAUGUAAAACAAAACACACAAGACAAAAUUUAUUCAUGUAAGUAAUCAAGAAGCGAUUUCGAAUGAUAAGAAACGAAUGCAAAUAGCACUAAUAACAUUGUACGGGACAAGAUACAUUUAACUUUUCGACAAGUACACGUACCGAAUGAAAGCGUUGAAGGCUAAUUAAUGGCAAGUAUGUGUAGUUAUUCUUGGAGCAAAGAAUCGAUUAGAUAAAAAAAACUGAUAUCGAAACUUACGACAAUGCAGGAAAACAAACAAAAUAUUUUAUUAAUUAGUGAUGCAAAAUACAAAAAACGGAAAUGGAUUAAUCAACGUUAUAUUAUAAGAUAAUUAUUACUAUAUUUACCUAGUUGUACUAUUUGGAUUAUCAGUAGUACUGAAUAAGGGGUAGCUUUAUUGGCAGUGAGCAGCAAAAAUCUGCACCAUCUAAAAGGACUCUUUCUAACUCUUUUAAGAGUGUUGUCGGACCGAUGUCGGGGUUAGCUCGGGGGGGAAAGGAUAACUUAAGAAGCGUUCCAAUUUACACCCUAGCAUCGUAUGGAUGAGACGCAAAGAAUGUACUACUCUGUCGUCGCUUCUUUCAAUCACACAAAAUGAAACACGCAUCUACUACAAACUGGUGAUAAUUUUGAACCCCAAAACGUAUAAUAUUAAUAUCAUUAUCAGAGUUUUAAAAGGGGGAGAGAGGAGUUAGCAAUACAGUUGCGCCGUUGGGUUGUAGAAUUUAAUUCAUUAUAGUUAUAACACGGAAGCGGAUAGUCUGAACUGUAGUUGUCUACGUUUUAUAGUUGAAAUAGUUUUACGUCCAGAUGGAGUGCUGGUUAGUAAUGCGAAAAUCAUUAAUGUCGCGCAACAAAUGGAUGAUGGAAUUGAAACAAAUGUAUAGAUUUAAUUCUGAGCGUUGCUAUCCUGCAAAUAAAUAAAGACAGGGAAAUCAAGCAAAAAAAAACACUGGUAGGAAAACGCAUGUACAAAAACAAACACAAUAUCAGAAGAGGCCGCUCUACAUUAAACCGAUUACGGCACCAUGCGAUUUUAGUGCUGUUGGUUGCAUAUACUAUAAAAUGUGAUUUAGAUCGAUCAGUGCAAAGAGAUGUAGCAACCUAUUAAGGCGUGGAAAAAGAAAAUACGGGCCUUGGGAGAAGGGAGAGGGAUCUUGUCGUUAUCAACGCUUUUGCUCACCAUUUACGUUAUCUCGUUUUGUAUUUUUUUAAUCAAGAAGACGCACUUUUUACUUAUCAUAUGUGUUUCCUUAUUACUUGCUUCAGAAAGCAGAACUGAAUACUGUUGAAAUAUUGUUACCUUUCGUUGUUUCUUUAGCGUUGCUUUUAGAUAAUUUUUUUUUGUUUUACCACUUCGAUAUUCACGAUUCCGGUAGAGUUGAUAUUAAGGAAAACCGACAAGUUAGAAACGCACCAUGUGCUAAUAGUUAAUAAUUUCUAUCAUCAUCGCGUGUACUUCUUUUGGGGGGUUUUGGUAAAAGAUAAAAAAUGUGUUUUUGGUCAUUUCACAUGUGGACCCGUACAUAGAACAAACGUUGGAUUUCAAUUGAUUUUGGCUGUCAUAUACAACAUCUAUGGUGUAUAGGUCAGUUAGUUCGAAUAAUACAAAGAAACCAACAUAUCCUUCCUACACUACAUUUCGAAGCGAACAUUUCGAUUGGAAAAUUUCGAUGUAGCUAACCCAUGGAGAGAGUUGUGUAUGCCAGUGACGCAGACACGUGAUAAGUUUUCACACAUUUGCAAAGGAAAUUUUUACCGUAAUCCAUCCUCAGGUUGAAUGUAGUACGAGCAAAACCAUGCCUUACACCUGCAUAUACUAUUAAAAAUUAAGACAGGAAACGCUAGUGCCACAAAAAAAACAGAACUGAACAAUGCAAAUGUAAAAUCAAAGGAUGUGAUAAUAGUAGUAAUCAGUUGGUAAAGACUUAUUUUUUUUUUGUUAGUUUUUGUUUCUAUUUUCAUUCGAAAGUGAUCGUCAUUGUCUUAAAUAAUGCUUUGCCUUUGAAUCUGGUCAAUCCAUGUGCGUUUAGUUCCUGAAUGUUGUUUUGUUGUUGUUGUUGUUUUGCUUUACUAAAUUUACUCAACAUUCUUUUUUUGCGACUAGUAGAUCUCUAUUCUCUCAAAGAAAAACAUAAACUCUAAUGGUUUGCGCAAAGAAAAUGGCAGAUUAAUGGUAUAUUUGUGCUGCGACGACGUAUAAGAUUUAUUAAAGCGUUCAAUUCACGCUUCAUAUUCCGUUAGUUUCAGCUGCCAAAGAACAUCGACAAUACAUGUAGAAGCAAUAAAACCGUUUGUUAUCAACGUUAACAUUUUCUUUAUCACAACCAUUUGGAUUGUGUUACUUAUGUGCCUCGUACAAGAGUAAUAAAACAUAUUGAGUUUUGUAGACUGAACAUUGGUGUCAACAUUUUGUCCACAGAUAAAGAAUAAGUAUUUUGGAAUUGGUACUUAAGGUAUAAUCAAACCAUUAUGAGUUGUAAUAAUGCUUGUUAAGAUCCUGUUUUUUCUGCUGAUUGCUUUUAAACAGUACUCUACUAUUUAUCAAAUAUUGGUGAUUUAAAAUUCAAUACAACUUUAAAGUAAUAUUAUGAAAUCUUUGCUUUCACAAACAUCAGCACAAAGACGUAGAAUACAGAAAGGCCACCAUAAACAAUUUUGUAAACCAAGGCAAUACUUAAAUGCAAAAUAUGUGAGUGCAGUAAUGAAACGAGGAUAAAUGAUUUUGAGCAAGGUUGCGUGCAUUUUGAACGGUGUACGAUGGAUAGAUAGGAAAUGUUAUAGAUGUAGGACACUUGUGCAGGUGUAAGGCAUGGGAUAUCAUGGUCGUACUACUUAACAAUGGCUUAAAAUGUAAAAAAAACUAAACGUAAGAUGAAGAAAAGAGCUAAACACCAUGCGGGACGCAAACAAGCGCAAAUACUACUAGACAAGACAGUUCGAAGAUCUCAUAUUGGAUGCGGGCGGGUAGUGCAUCACAAUGUAUCGCUAUUUAAAAAAAAAACUUUAACUUAAUCUAACACUAACUUAAUGCGUGGCUAGGUGUGGUUUCUGCUAACACAAAACCCCGCUAGGCAGAUUGUUUUCAAAAGUCUACCGUACUAUACUCGAACGAUGAUAAAAUAGAUCUUUUCUGGAUUUUUUUCCCUAACACACAAACACACAAAAUACAAUCGAGUCAGUAGUAGUCCCUUAAUUAAAAAAAGACGUAAUUAUUAUAAACUUAGUCAAAAAAACGCACCACGAAAAAAAAAAUGAAUCACCACAAUGCCAAUGAAAACAAAAUUCGGAAGAUAAUCAAACAUGUGCUGCAAUUUUAAUUAAUAACAGAAAUACAUAAUAAAAGCAAUUAAUAAAGACCAAACCUUUGCUCAUGGCGCCGUGGCAAACAAAGAAUACCCGAAAUGAUAGCUUUUCCAAAAGAGAGAGAAAAAAAAAACAGCGUAACAGCGUUUUAAGUUUUCCAACUCAUAUUUUACAUUGAGAAGUAAAUCACAUCGAAUGAAACAAUUGUGAAAUGAAAUUGAUACGUAGUAAAUGUAACACUCUGCUCUCGCGCAACUUUUACAUUGAGAUUGAAUCGAUUGUUCCAAACAAUCGAUGUUUCUAGCUACUUUUUAAACAUACUAACAAGUGCAAACUAAUUAGGCAAAUGAACAAUAGAUACUUAAUGUGUUUGGAAGCCAAAAAUUAUGGGCAUAUGUAAUAUAACGAAGCAAGUUAAUUUUAGUUGCAAAAUGUUGUUUUUUUCCCCGUCUGUUCGUGCUCGAUUUCUUUACGAUUGUAAUGGUUAUACAAAGAUAUUUCUGUUCCGUUUUUUGUUUGUUUUAUUUUUUACAACAAUUUUUUCCACUCUUUAUAAAUGUAAUGUCUGUAAUGCAACAAGAUCCAUCGCAAACUUCAUACAUACGUACAAGACUAAAUUGAACAAUAAAAUGAUAAAACGAAAUACGAUAGGACACUUCCUUCCAAAAGUAUUGCAAUGGGACAUUGCAUUACAUAGUGGAGUAAGGGGUAGGGAAGCGGGCGGUAGGGGAGUGACUGAAAAUUGUAGAAAAAUUGCUAAAUAACUUAUAAGUGGAUCGGUUCAUAAGGAAAAGAAACCAUACAUAAAAUAACAAUUUUCAUGCAGCACCGAAACCAAACGUGCGUUAGAACCGAUGGAGAAGCAAGGGCUAGUUUAGUCAAACAUGAAGGGAGAUAAUUUCGGAUGAUUUAUUUAGAAAAAGAAGGAUAACAAAAAACACAUUCUCUAAAUGCAUGCCGAUAUCAUCUAUCCAUCGGUUUACCGAACCUAAUCGAAUCGCUUUGUACUGAGAAUCGUUUUUCUAUUGCUUUACUCAACCAAUCGUAUAAAUUUCGUAUUUUUUAUAAGAAAGUGCGGGCGAAUUGCACUGUGCAUAGUAGUUUAGUUUGGGGGUUAGUAGGAAUCUUCUUCCUUCUGACAAAUAGUCGUCGAUAGUAUUAUAUGGAUUGAUGUGUAUGUGUGUUAGCUGUAUCUGAGGGUAUUUUGUGGACCUUGCGAAGUUGUUAGUAAAUACAACAAUAAAACCCCGUUUCUUUUCCUCAGUAUUUAGUAUUGUGUAUGGUGCAAUUAAUACAUUAAUAUUUGGCGCAAAAAAGGAGUGAACAUUAGUGGAAAUGGAUAUCAGUACCAAUCUGCUUUAAACUAUGGGAAUUUUAGAAGUAAUAAAGGAUCGAUGAGGAAAUAAAUAUGGAACAAUGUCGAUCACACACAUACACACACAAUACUCUGUAGCAGUAAAUGCUUCUGCCAAUGUUGAUCCUGUAGGAAGUCAAAGGAAGAAAUCUAAUUAAAGUAUACAAAAAACAAGUAAUAUAACUGACGGUUCAAGCGCCUAACAAACAAACAUCUUUCGUUUGAAAAUCAAACAACGUUUAGGCGAAAAAGGACAAAACAAAAAAAAAACCCUCCAAACUAAAUAGUUGAAAAAAUAAAUUGCAUGAAACGAUGGUAACUAAUCAAUGCAGCAAGUGAUAAUGAGUAGGAAAUGCAAUGGGCAUAUUUUAAGCAAACAGGCCGUCACCGAGCCCCGGUUCUAUAGCGAUUUAAUUCUAGUCUCUAAUUUAUGCUACUUUAACCAAGGUGAUGCAGGGGUACGGAAAUUUGUCAUGAUGGUGGUAACGGCUUUAGGCAGGAUAUCCUUUUCCCGAUCGGUCCGACGUCCAAUUUGCUUCCCUUAUAAGUCAUAAAAACAAACGCUCAACGCAGUAGACGAGAUAAAGCUUACCUAUAGCAAUGCAAUCGACGGUUGCGUUUCCUUGGCAACCCCGCGCACCGUUUGUGAUCGAUGAUUGCUUUGUGUUUGGUGGUCAAUAAUAGUUAAAUAUAGAAGAUGAUAAAAGUGAGAUGGCGACUUAACACCAUUUUAUAAUGUUAUUACACACAGCAACCAAUUGAACUCAUAUUGAUUAUUUGGUGAUUUUUAUCUUCUUUUUUUUAACUAAAUAAAUACCUAAACUAAAUAAUACCGGUUAUUGAAAAUAUGUACUUUUUCCCCCUUUUUCAUUCCUCUAGUCGCAAACCGGAGUGUAGGCUCGAAAUAUUCAACCAGUUAUACAUGAGUUUUGUUAGAUAUUCGUGUUAAUUAUUCCAUCUAUUUUACUAAGUGUGCGGCAUUGAAGCAAUACACGCCCUUCUUCUACCUCCAUCAAGCUCGAUUUGCCAUGGUUUUUGAUAUUAUUAAUUGAAACCCUUUUUCUCUCCUCCAUCGUUUUCCGUAUCUGUAUGUAACGAACACAACGCAAUCAUUCAGUCUUUGAUUAAGUAUUGAUAGCACAUCCGGUUUUCAUGUUUGAUUACAAAAGUGGAACAAACUAUACAUGAUGCCAAAAGUAGAAGAAGGAAAAAAACGACACAGCAAUGCUUAGAGAAGGACAAUGUGUGCAAAAAAGUAGAGCUAAUGUAAACCUCUUUACUUAUGAAUUUUAGAUACUAUCGUGUUAAUCACUAUUUCGUUUUUUGGUUUUAGUUCAUCAUUGUUGCGUUAUGUUACAGCAUUUUUAUUUAGAAUGCGUUUUUCCAUUUUUUUUGUAAUGUAUUUGCUGUGUGUUUUGUAUUUUUUUUAAAUGCUUUAAAGGGAUUGUUAAAUUAUGUGAUUCCUUUUUGCACUAGAUAUAGACUUACGCAAAGAAAGCUUAACAAAUGAAAGGUUUCGAUGUGUUGUAAUGAGCAAGCAAUCCCGCAAACAAUUUUAAUAUGAAACGGAUUAGCCACCAUUUUCCCGCGUUUUCCACAGUAGCUUUCAUCGUAAACAUGUUCGCACGUUCGAACGUGACAGAACGUACUAUCUAACGAAACAGUAGAAAACGAAAAGAAAACACGAGUGUAUUGUAGCAAAAUACGGUAAAGAAACAAGAAACAAAUAGUAGCAGAUAGCCAAUGGGAGAAAAGGGAAACGACUUAUUAAUAACUAAACGAGCGCAUAAAGCAAAACAAACAUAGAAAACCCAUGUUUGCUGUUGUAACAGAGCUGGAAAAAGAUUAACUCGCAAAAGAAAAUAAAAACAAAAUGAAAAACGAACGAAAAUGAUAGUACGAUAUGGCGGUCAACACUAGCCAGCUAAUAAAGCUGUUUAUAGUGUGUUAUUUUUUCCUUAGUAAAGCCAUAGACAACACAUUACGCGGUCUAAACUCAGUUAGAAACAUUUUCUGUUUUUAUGCUUUAAGACAACAUACUCGUAUAAGAUGAUUUUCAAACAAUUAAUUCGAUUCAUGUUUAAUUACACACUAAUAAUUGGCAGUAGGUUGUGUGGUAUCAAUUACUAUUCUUUUUUAUAAAUAUUCGUUUUUUACUAUUAUUAAAAGCGUUACACGUUGCGCAGUGUAGUUAUGGAUUGUAGAAGAGUAAUUUUUCGGUUUUCCACCCUCACUAACAUAAACAAUACUUAAAGCAGAAAAUAAAAAUAAAAAAUAACAUAUAUGUAUACAAAAACGCAAGCAACAUAAUACAUAAGCAAAAGCAGAAGACGACAACAAAUGACGCGCUGCACACAAAAUCACCGACUCCCUCGAUAGGAAGUUUCCAAAUAGGAUGAUAGACAAGUUUAGUGAAAAUCAAGUGUUCGCUCACACAUACAGAAGCCCCUUUAACGAAACAGAAUGCAAGUGAAUCGAAGUUUCUGCUCUCAUGCCAAUAGCGACGGUUUCCUAAGGUCGGAAUUAUUUUUCAUAUGAGUUGAUCCGAUAUACAGUAGCUUUAGGUUAGAUUUGCAGGACAGAAGACAUGCGUUAGUAAGAACUGAAAUUUGAAAUCGCUAUAAAUUAAGUCCGUUUUCUUACACACAUUACCGUGUAAAGACUUCUCAAAAUUGGUUUAGUAUCUAUUCUUCCAUCUAUGCCAUCGUCUCAAUAGUUUUUUUUUAACUUUUGUUAGCUUUUUUAUACAAUUUUAUACCUCUUCAUGUUUAUAUUUCUCUAUUUUUCACAAUAUUUUUGUCCCCUUUGACUAGUCGACGAAUGUUUUAAAACCAAAGUGUGCCUUACUACAUUGAGCAUGCUGCGCAUGGUAUCACUACCAUGCGUUUCCAUUAUUGUUUUUGGUUCUACAAUUAACAGAGCAUGGAUUGGAAAACCUUGUUGAAAGUAUGGUUUAUAUUUUUUAUUUAACCUUUUAGUUCUUUCAUUGCGAUUUUUAGUCUUUAUUUUCUUAAUUUUUGAAAGUAUAAAAAAACUGAUGAAUGAGACAAGAAAUGGAAACAAAAAAACAGAGAGUAAAAUUUUAGUAUAUGCAGUAUAUGUUGUCCAGCUGUAGAAGGGUCUGGAAGUUGUGAGGAUAACAUCAUCAAAUUGAAAUUGAAAAGAAAAAAGAAGUUGGAUCUUGCAAAUUGAAACUUGGAAAAUUCAUAACGAAAGAAAAAUCCACCCCACUCAAAAUGGAAUCGCUAGUGAGCGCAGAAACUACGAUACAAAGCACUAUUAAAUUCUGAUUAAUUGAGACUGUGUAUUCCAUUGUGAUAUAAAUGAAGUAAAACGAAAAGCAAACAAAAAACUAAAGGGAAAAAAAUACAAUACAAAAUGAAACAGUGAGAUAAAGAACGAGAAAAAGGAAGAGAAACAAACACACAGACAGCAGAUGUGUACACAGAAACACAUCUUAUUAACAUAGAAGCAACCCCACCAUCGAGCGGGGUAACACUAGAAAACACUUUAAUUUAUUGCAAAUAAAAUGCAAAUGGUAAAGAAUUUCACAAGAAA